AUGGCAACGUCUAGUAAUUCAUCAUCCGUUCCAAAUUGGGCUAUGAAUAGCAUCAUAUAUGGUUCUAAUGAUUCUUUUCUAUUGUUAGAUAUUUUUCCAACAGAUGUAGCUGAUGAUUUAUUUAAUAAAUUACGUGAUGAAAUAACUUGGAAUGAAAUGCGACAAAAAGGUGGACGUGUUCCACGUGAUAUAUCUAUUCAAGGUACAUUACAGAUUGAAAAUGGUGAUGAAUACGAACCACUCUAUCGUCAUCCAGCUGAUGAACAACCUGAACUUAUAUCAUGGACACCAACAGCAUUAUUAAUAAAAGAACGUAUUGAACAAAUUAUUGAACAAAAAUUAAAUCAUGCUUUAAUACAAUAUUAUCGUAAUGGAAAAGAUUUUAUUGGUGAACAUUCUGAUAAAACAUUAGAUGUAUUAAUUAAAUCAAAUAUAGUUAAUUAUAGUUUAGGUGCUGCACGUACAAUGAUACUUAAACAUAAAACACAAAGUGGUUUAAAACAACGUUUUAAACUUCCACAUAAUUCAUUAUUUGUAUUAGGUUGGCAAACUAAUCGUGAAUGGUUUCAUUCAAUUAAACAAGAUAAUCGAUUAGAUAUGGAUAAACAUCCUGAUGAAUUAGCUUUUUCAAGUCAACGUAUAUCUUUAACAUUACGUACAGUUGCUACUUUUCGUAAUCGUUGUACAGGACAACUAUAUGGGCAAGGAGCAAUUAAUAAAACAUUUGAACAAAUGUCUAAAGAACAGAUAACGAAUGAAGGUGAUGAACAAAAUAUGUUAAUGGCAUUUAGUGCUGAGAAUAAACAAUCAUCAGAAUUCGAUUGGAAUCAUCAUUACGGAGCCGGUUUUAAUGCAUUAAAUUUUAAAGUUUUAAACUCUAUUUUUCUCGGUGAAGAAAACAAAUGA